UCCGACCCGCCAGGCCCCGCGCGGCUCGGAUCCGGCGGCGCUGCUUCGGCCGGGAGUGGGUGGGGGAGAAGCCGGGGCAGGGGAGGAGCCGCCGGAGCAGUCGGAGCCGUGAGUGCUGAGGGGCUGGGCCGGGCCGGGCCGGGCCCGAUCGCGCUGAGCCGGGCUGGGCAGGGCGGGGAAGAGAGGGAGAGGUCGGAGACCCCGCCCCCCCCCCCCCCCCGAGUCUGGGGAAAUCGCACUGUCCUGGAGAAGGGGCGGCGGCAGUAUAGUGAGGGGGCCGAGGCGUAGUGGUCCCCGGGGCUCCUGGUGGCAGGAGCGAGAACCUCCGGGGACGCGGAUGGCGCUUUGGGCUUCUUUCGGUGCAGCCACCGCCCUCCGCCCCCUCCUGAGGCCUGCAGAAACGCAGUUAGUUCGUACCUCCCAUUGCUUCCGCGCCAACUGGCCCCCCGGAACCGAGGGAGGAGUGGUCUAGGCCCCUUUAGUUCCCGUAGCUUUUUCUCACCCAGUCUUUUCAGAUUGUUAGAGGCCCCCUCACAGCACCCCCCGGCAGGCUCCUGGCCCGGGCAAGCCCCAUCUCUUUCCACCACCAACCCCCCCCCCCCCCCACACACACACAUACACACACACACACACACACACACACACACUCACCCAUGAUCUUAUCACCCUUGGACAUCGUCUGGCUUGUGGCUUUUCAGCCCCCACUGUGACCGACCCCAAGCUUCCCCUCAAGCUAGUAGCUUCUGUCUCCACUUGCAACUUCCCUGCCCCCAACCCCUAACAGCCAAUUUUGACACUUCUGAACACCACCGUUACCCUCCGCAGGAGUACAUAGGCCUCUGCUGCUUGUCCGGUUUGACCAAAAGUUUGUUAGUUUGUAUGCCAUGGAUCCGCCCUCUCAGGUGUAAGGCGAAUUUUUGUUUUUCUGGGCGUUAGAUAUUCUUGUGUCCCAGGCGCUUUGAUUUCCUUGUCUGUCAUGGGUAGGCUCCUAACCUUAGCGGUUUUUUGACCACCUGGGUCCUGGAGAGCACUGCCACAUCCAGGCUUUCCCUUGGAAGUUAGGGUUAGAACUGUUACUCUUUCUCUGUCCACACUUGGCAGGUGACACUCAGGGCAGCCUUACUCAGGAGCCACAGAAAGCUAGUUGAGUCCUCCUUCUCCCCCCACCUUCUCUCCCAAGUUGCCCCAUGGGCCUUGAUCCAGAAAGCCACUUCAGAAAGGCUGUGAGGAAGGCACUGGGAGGCAUGUUGGUGGGAAGUAUGUGUCAGCCAAGCAGUUAGGGUUUAGGGUUUGGGGCCAUUUGUUUUGGGUAACUUUCUGCUGGGACUCUUCUAGCGCCAGAGGGAGGAAGGGGAUAUUUCCUCUUUGGACCAGAUACCUGGGAUUCAUCAUCUUUCCCCCCUUUCUCCUCCAGCUAUACCCCUUUUGCACUCUUAAGCACUAUUUUGCAGUAGACAGUCAUUUCAAGGGCACAGCAAGGUUUACAUGAUGUGAGGGACUCUUGGGUGUUACAAGCGGUACAGAUGAGGUAAGUUACAGGUUUACAACAUUUUUUCCCAGUUAAUUUGGCACAGGCAGAAAACAACAGUCCUAGGCUCUUUUGGCUUUUGCAAACCCUCCUUUAAAUUUGGCCAGCACUGGAAAAGUUGGAUCCUUUCUGCUUGAACCUCAGCUUUACUUCCUUUGCCUUAGGUACCGGCUCUCAAACCUAUCAGGCGUCUUAAGCACCUGAAGGGAGGGUCUGUUGAACAGAUGGCCCCCACAGUUUCUGAUCAUAGGGCGGGGCCAGGGCUUGAAAAUUUGCACAGUUCGGACAAGUUUUUAGGUGUUUGUGCUGCUGGUUUGGGUUUCUCAAACUGAGCACCGCUGCCCUUGGCCAAUCUUCACAUAAGCGGUGCAGUGGUUUGGGCGAUCAAAAGACCUGUGUGUUUACCUUCUGCACUAGAAGCUAGUAAUAUGAUCUUGUGUGGAUAACUUAACCACUGAGUUCUUUCGUUUUUAAAAUUAAGAAUGUGAGCUUAAAAAAAAAAAAAAACAAACCCUCCAAAUGCUAGUUAUCUUAUGCCAACUGGAAGAUGAAAUAUUGAUGAGUUUUCCCUUGAUUUUCUUAAUUCUCUUGUUAGGAGCUUCCAUAUAGCUUGUAUCCAUAUUUAGGUUUUUGCUGUGAGUCGCUAGUGCGCUGAAGUCCUGCUAUACCUUAACUACUUAUUAAAUUCUUUAAGGUCAGAGCCAGUGUUUUGCUCGUCUUUCUCUGCCCUGCACCUUGAGUUGUGUGGGAUGCACCAUUGAUGCUCAGUAGAUACUUGGAGAAUGGAUAACCCCAUCCCCUACUCUCUUUUCCCUUUGAAGAGGUUUCUCUCCACUAGUCCUGUGCCACAUAGUAAAGCAGUAUAUGGCUAUGCCACCUGAUUCGCCCAGGAGAUUGGGAUUAAUGUCAAUGCCAAAUUCCUGUAACUGUCCCUAUGAGUGGUUUAUUACUCAGAAGCCCCGGCACCCGUUGAUUCUGAAUUUUAGUGCAUCUGUAUCCAUGUUGGAGUAAGAGAAAUAGCUUAAUAAAAUUCAGCAGCUGUUUAUUGAGUACCUUUUCUACCAAGCCUUUGACAAAGUGUUAGGCACUUGGAAUAUAAAAAGGAAUAAAGAGGUCCUUGCCCUCUGGGACAGGGCUCACAGCGGGGAGGUAAAGACACUAAACUGUGUCCACAGCAAGAAUGCCAUUCUGGGAUUCCUUCUACUUUGGACCUUCUACUUUGAUUUAAUCUGCGGUGGAAGCCUGCUACUCCUCCAGUUCCUCUGGUCUGGCAGGCGUGGGUCCCAUCUUUCACCAUCUCGUCAUAAGCAAGGGAGCCUUGGGCAAUGCCAGAAGGAAGUCCUCUAGAUACAAAGCAAAGGGUCUUUUGACAGUAUCAGUUACAAAACUAAAAGCAUAAUACAUGAUUUUUGAAUUGACUGUUCUGAAUUACCCAUAUUUACUCCUCAGGCCAAAAGCCCUAUUUAUAAAAUAUAUUAUCCUGUUAUUUUUCAUUAAAUAAUGGUUCCUCUCACUGCCUGUGUGAUGGGCAUUGACCAUGUUUAUUAUAGGAAUGAAUUGGAUACAGCUAGUUUAACCCUGGCUGCCCCCCCUCAUCAGGGUGGGUGUCAGGUAUGAUGACUGCCCUUUUCCCACUUCAGAUUAGUUUGUGAUUUUUAGAUUUAUUUAUUUAUUUAUUUAUUUAUUUAUUUAUUUAUUUUUGAGAGAGGCAGAGACGGGGGGAGGGGUAGAGAGAGAGAAUCCCAAGCAGGCACUGCACUGUUAGUACAGAGCCUGUGGGGCUUGAACCCACAAAACGGAGAUCGUGACCUGAGCCAAAACCAAGAGUCAGAUGCUUAACUGACUGAGCCACCCAGGCGCCCUCGUGAUGUUCUGUUUUAAACCGAAGCAUAUAGAUCGACCUGCAUUAUUAAAGCCACUAACCACCUCUAGGUAACCCUUAAGGUUAAAAAGCCUCGGGGUGCCUGGGUGGCUCAGUCAGUUGAUCAUCUGACUUCGGCUCAGGUCAUGAUCUUGCAGUCCGUGAGUUCGAGCCCCGCGUCUGGCCCUGUGCUGACAGCUUGGAGCCUGGAGCCUGCUUUGAAUUCUGUGUCUCCCUCUCUCUCUACCCCUCUCCCACUUAUGCCCUGUCUCUCUCUCUCUCUCUCUCUCUCUGUGUCAAAAAUAAAUAAACAUUAAGAAAAAUUUAAAUAUAAAAGCUUAGCUUCAUGGUGGAGGCUCACCACUGUCAUGAUGGCCAGCUCCUCAAUUGUGGACUCUUAAAAUCUGUUUUUGGCCUUUAGCCCAUCUGAACUCUCCAAUAAAUCCCUUUCACCAUCUUAGGCUAAUACUCUAUGGCCCACGUAUUCAAUAAAGAAGCCGUAUAUCCUCGUUCUUCUCCAAGCCCCUCUGUCACCAUCAGGAAGCACGAUGGUUUCUCAAAAGAUGACCCAGCUCUCUGCCCUUAGGUGGAGAAUCAUUCCCAUUUUCAGGAUGACGCAUCUUGAGGAGGUGGAACACAGAUCACCCACCUCCAAAGACAGAGCAGCCAGCGGCCCAACACUGCCCCUGGGCCUGUAGGAAACAUUUUCAUUAAAAAUAAAGUGAAUGGCUAUGGUAUUUAUAGCUAUAUUUUACAUUAUUUGUGUUUACAUCCAUCGACUCUCGAUGACAUGUUUCUACCCACUGUAUACCUUGAUCCUAACUAACCACAAGGUCUGUAGAAUUUCAGGGCAGAAGAUGUUCACAUCUUAGCUUCCACUGGUUUCCCUGUACCACCCACUGCCACUGACUUGUUUGGCUUUGUUUCUUCCUAUCUUCUCCUUCACUCCGACUCAUGCUGUAUCUUUGAAACCCAUUGCAGUAAGCUUUGAGCCACUUCUCUCCUUGCUACUCAGAUAUAUUAUGCUGAAGGAAAGAAAUAUUUAAAUGGCAAAAAUAUUAAAAAUUUUUAAUGUUUAUUUUUGAGAGCGAGAGAAACGGAACACAAGCAGGGGAGGGGCAGAGAUAGGGAGACACAGAAUCUGAAGCAGGCUCCAGGCUCUGAGCUGUCAGCACAGAGCCCGAUGCGGGGCUCGAACCCACAAACCGUGAGAUCAUGACCUGAGCCGAAGUCGGGCACUUAGCCAACUGAGCCACCCAGGCACCCCUAAAUGGCAAAAAUAUUUAAAAAGAAAUCAUUUUUAAACGUGGUUUGAAGCAUAUUGCUCACGAUGCAUUAGAAGGCCAAAAGUCCAUGAAUGCGUUCCUUUCAUUACUUUGGCCUUCUGGGUUAAAUUUUCAAGGAACUUAGUAGGUGUAUUAACUGGGCUUGCCCCAAAUUGCCUCCUCCCAGUUACAGGGAGGAGACAGGACUGUGACAUUGGUAAGUAGAAGCACUGAGAACCUGUCUUUGAGUUUCCAUCCCAUCUGUGUUCCAAGGAUCUUAUUUAAUCUUAGCUUGUAAGUCUUUCAAAACAAGGACUCCUUAUAAUACUUUACUUUUUAUUUAUUUAUUUUUUUUUGUUCAUUUAUUUUGGAGAGAGAGACAGCGCAAGUGGGGAAGGGGCAGAGAGAGAGGGAGACAACACAAUCUGAAGCAGGCUCCGGGCUCAGCUGUCAGCACAGAGCCCGACGCGGGGCUCGAACCCCCGAACCAUGAGAUCAUGAGCCAAGCUGAAGUCGGACGCUUAACCGACUGAGCCACCCAGGCGCCCCUGUAACACCUUACUUUUGAUAUAAUGGUAAACAGACCAAGAUUUUUCCUGUGCAUUUAAAAAUUUUUUUGGAAUUAUGAAAUAAAGGACUGUUUGCUUGUUCAACGUUUAAAUCUUGCCUUCUUCACAAAAUGAUUUAAAGCAAUUUGAAGGAAAGAGAACAAAAUAUAUUGAACAUUUACUCUGUCCUGGGCUCUGUGCUGAAGUGAUUCUAUAUGUAACUUCAUUUACUCCUUAAAACAACCAUGGAAAGUAGAUAGUAUUAGCCACAUUUUGAAAUUGAGACCAAGACUGAGGGAGUAUCACAUGGCCAGUAAGUGAGGAGAGGGAUCCAAACCCAGGGCUCCAGAGUCUCGAACCCUUAUAUGGAAAGCACGGAUAAUUGUAUAUAGGACAAUUGGCAAUAAAAGAUCAUCUUUUCAGUAGAAGGAUCAUACUAGAUAAUCUUUAGCUUUAAACAAGAAUACAGCAUUAGCACAGGGCAGUUAACAAAUGUUAUUAGUUGAUUUCUAUUCUAGAACAAUAGGAGCAGUGGCAUGGUCUGGCUCCGCCCAGAGAGCAGACAUAAGCAGUUUUCCAGGUUAUAGGCCAGCAUUAGGGUAAAAAAUAAGAAUGGCAACAGGAGGGGAAAUAGGGGUCUGCUAAAUACGAUCAUUUGAACCUCUCUGAUCACUACUUCUGAAGACUAUUUGCCGAUAAAUGAGUAUUUCUCUAUUAAGUAGAUACUAUAUGACCACAAGCCUUGUCAUUUAGGGUCCAGAAAGAUCUCCUGAAGCAGUAACAUUGUAAGGUAGGGAACCAGAUGUCCCUUCAUUGCCUACCGUUUUCUGUUGUCAGUAGAAUGGAGUUAAAGCCUUCAGUGGCAUGUGACUCAUUUAGAUAAGGGACAUAGGUAUUGUACCAAAGAUUGGAGAGAGCGCUUUCCUUUUCCACAUCUUCCCAGUCCCACUCCCUAUACCCUAGAAACGUACUCAAGAGACUAUGUCAUGGAGCCUGCCCAGCCCUAGGCUUGUGAAGCUCUUCUGCAGACAUUGUUUCAGAGCCUUCAGGAACCAAGCUUUGCUCUUCCUGGUCUGGCUUCUGUCUAUAUAGUCCUGUUCGCUUUUUAUAGGUCGUCGCGGAGCCCUUCCAAGGACAGACUUUGAGGGAAGGUAUUAGAAAAGCAAGGGCAAUAAACUGCAAGGCCAACUGGGCAGUGUAGCAUAUCUUACGAACUGCAGAAUAAAAUAGUGUCCAUUUUCUGUUUGUGAUAAGGACACUUGACAUUUGCACAGCACAUUUUAGUUCAUAAGCUCCCAGAGCUCAGUUAAUCCUGGGAGUUAGGAAAGCAGUUCCUGCAGCAGGCUCUCCCCUUUACGAGGGCUCUUGUGUGUGUCAUCUCACGAAGCCCUCAGAGCUGCUCCAGUCACUUGACCAUGUGGGGCUGGGACGCGCAUCUUUCCACAGCACCGCCUGCCUCCCAUUCCUGCCCAUCCCUUGCCCCUUGACUUCUCUUCCUUCAUCCCGCUGUUGCCGAUCCGUUUGCCUUCAUCGAUUUCUAAGCUGCCAAAGUAAAUCCAAAACAAGCAAUGGAAACAUCAAUUCCUGAUUUCUGAAGAGCAUUUAAAGACAGGUUUUAUGUGGCGCUGUUCCGUUCCUUUUUCUUGGUGGAGAGUACCGCCCUGUGAGAGCAGGAAUGCUGCUUUCCAUGCGGACUUGGUAGAAUCCGUAGACAAUCUGUUGUAGCUAGUGCCACGUGGAAACAAGGAGAGCUUCCUAGUCUGCCUCCCUGGGCGUGGAUUCUUGGACUCUGAAGAUAAUAGAGAUCCCUUCGUUAAGCCAAAGACCAUCAAUUCCAUCUUCUCUCAGGACUCCCAAAGAAAAUAAUCUUACUGAAGAGGGGCAUAGAAUUUUAAAAAACUACAAGACCCGUAGAGAACCGACCACCAUGAGGUAGACAGAUUCAAUUGGUAGGAAAAUUACCACGUAAAGAUGUAGAAAUUAUGGGCCUGCCUAGAACAGGCUAUGAAAAUCUGUAGUGGAUGUUUGAAGAUCAUGGACGUGAAGUAAAAGCACAAAUGAAUGAAAAGCUAUUUGAGCCUGAGAUAAUGAGUAAUGUAAUUGAAAUGAAACUCCAUUUAAUGGGCAGCAUGACAUUAGACCCAGCUGUUAACAGUGGAUUGUUCGCUGAGACUUGUAAUGAAGCCCAAAAAGACUAGAAAAUGAAGAAUCCCUCAGGUUGCAUGUGGAGAGUGGUCUGGAGGGGGCAGGACCAGGAACACUGGUAAAACUUGAAGCAAGUUGUUCAUUGCUUAACAAGUGCGUGUUAAGUGCCAGUGUGGUGUAGGAGAGGGUCAUGUUCAGAAGGUCCUGUUAAUACUUUUUUCAGUGGCUCAGAAUGGCUCAACCAGGGGAGUGACAGCGGAGGGGAGAUGGAUGAAUUUGAAAGGCAUUUAGAAGGUGGGAUUAGCGAGAUUGAUGAAUAAGAAAGUGGAGGGGAAGGUGGACUCUUCCUGACAAAAAGUAGGACGAAAAGUUUGUCAGGUGGAGGUUUAUUUCUUUAAAUGCACUUACUGAGCGCUUCGUUACGUGUGUUGGAGACUGAUGGAGAACAGUCCCUGACUUCAAGGCGUGACAUCGGGAGGACAGACACUGGCUGUAUGAUACCACCGCCGGCGUGUUAGAGCUGUGCCCAGGUUGCUGUAGAAGCACAGUGGUUUCCACCUGUUUUCAGGGUAGGGGGAAUGGGAUCAAAGGAAACCUCUCAGAACGCACGAAGCAUGAGCUGUCUCCCAAGCGGUUUAACCCAAUGAAGGGUAAAGAAUCGCGAGGAACAUGUUCUCAAGCCAAAGCGCAGAGGGCUUUUGGUGCUUCCCACGCACGCACAAAGUGUGUGUCUGUGUGAGGAGGGCAGAAGGAAUAACAAGAUGAAAGUCAGCCUGAUAUGUAAUACUUAGAAGUCUGUCACUUACAAGGCAAGGAAGAAUGACUAAAGAUUUUAAAUAGGGAGGGGACGGGACCAGGUUUGUCAAGAGUGCCAGUCACUCUUGAGAGCCCGUCAGUGCUAACUUGAAGGUAACCAAUCCGGAGGCGGUUGGAGCAGUGCAGACAAGAACCGGUAAGUACCCAAAGUGUGAAUCACGGGAAUGAGGAGGAGGGGAGCGCCCCCUGCAGCCCCAGGGGAGCAGCCUUCCUGCAGACAUGGUGGCCUGAAGAGACCCCCCCCCCCCUUUCAGGAGAUGAGCGGUGCACCCUUUUCAGUCCGUGAGACACAGAAAAGGGUAGGAUAGGAGGCUUGAAAAACCAGCUGAGGGCCGGCGGUGAAGAGCUUCACGUGCCGUGCCAAGGAUUGUAGAGCUGAUCUACCCGACAGAAGUGUUUUCAAAUGUGAGCAGUGCGGUUGGGACUACAAUUUAGAAAGAUAAUAGUUAACAUUGGGGUGCCUCCGCUCAUCCAAGCCCUUCACAGCUUGGGAUACGUUUAACCCUCGUCGUCGCGCUGUCGGAUGGAUGCCAUUCUUCCCUCCGAGCCGUGAAUGGAAACAGGCAGAAGGAACGUAGGAACUGAACGGUGGCCUCACCCCUGGGAAACGGUAGAGCCCGGAUUUAAACCCUGGCAGUCUGACGCCAGGGCCCUCGCUCCUUACCUUACACACCCUAGAUGUUUUCUCGGCCGCGAGGCACAUCAGAACUUCGUGUGCCGUUUCUAAAGAUAACGGUUGCCUCAGUCGACUAAAUCGAAGUAUCCAGAAGAGUGAUGGUGUGAUACUUGUCUUGCAAAAAGCUCCACCAUAAUUACGCUGCACUUUACUCCUGGUCCAGCACUGCAGGGAUCCCAGUUGGGGAGUUCUGGCAGGAGUCCAGGGGAGAGCGGAGGGCCCAAACCAAAGCAGUCUGUGGGAAAGAGGAGGAGGAAAUAGAUCUAAGAGGCUUAAGAGGGAGAACUGGUUUAAUGAGCUGUAAGCAAUGGGGAAGAGUCAGAGUGGAGUCCAAAGGUCACAAAGUUGAGUGUUUACCUUAAGAAGUGACGAUCGCAGCCGAGACAGGAUCCCGGCAGGAGAGGUAGAUUUGGGAGCACGCGUGACAAAUUCAGUUUUGAACACCUGGGUCUGGAGGUCUUCCAUGAAGACGCCUUGAUAAGGGGAAGGUUGCUUUUGGGAGUGCCUCUGUGCCAGCCACUGGGCAAGUGGCUUUCCUCGCUGUUGCCUCAUGCGGUCUGCCCCUCUAGUCGCCGAGAGUCCCCCCACUGUUCAGCGGCAUUAAUACCAAGUGAGUCCGUGCAAAAUGAACCUUCAUAAAGGCCUCCCCAUCUGUUUUAGCCUGGCUGAGGUGUCUCUUCUCAGACUAUACAUCCUGGUGCGAACGUAAACGUGUGUGUAACACUGAUGGUGGGCAGUAUACCUGUUCCAGCGGGUGAUUAACCGUGUCCUUUGUCCUCGCCGGCUCACGGGUUUCAUGAAGUAGAGAUGCCUUUUUUUCUAUUUCUCUGUGGGGUGUGAGCCUGGCCUGGGAAAAGGGGUAAGAGAACAUACCUUCAGGCAUAGAUCGUCUUAUUUCAACCAAAUCUAUUUAGGGCUGAUGGCUGUGAAGACGAGGGGCAGGGGAUUUAAUAGUUUGAGGAGGUGUGGUGCGUGCAGGGUUAUGGUUGAACUCAGAAGCGUUGUCCCUGUGUGUGAUCUCAUGCUUAUAUGGUUGUCUGUCUCUCCUUCUCUGCCCCAGGUCCCUUGGGAGAAACUCCUUGAGGUGCCCAGGCUGAGACUGGGGGGUAAUGACACUGUGAGCUCUAGAUGGUGUGAGACCCCUCCCCACCCCCAGAGCCGAACAAUGGCUACAGCCUUGGAACCAGAGGACCAGGAUCUUUGGGAAGAAGAGGGAAUCCUGAUGGUGAAAUUGGAAGAUGAUUUCACCUGUAGGCCAGAGUCUGUCUUACAGAGAGAUGACCCUGUGCUUGAGACCUCACACCAGAACUUCCGGCGCUUCCGCUACCAGGAGGCAGCAAGCCCUCGAGAAGCUCUCAUUCGGCUGCGAGAACUUUGUCAUCAGUGGCUGAGGCCGGAAAGGCGGACGAAGGAGCAGAUCUUAGAGCUGCUUGUGCUGGAACAGUUCCUUACCGUCCUGCCCGGAGAACUACAGAGCUGGGUGCGGGGCCAGCGGCCAGAGAGUGGCGAGGAGGCCGUGACGCUGGUGGAGGGUUUGCAGAAACAACCCAGGAGACCAAGGCGGUGGGUGACUGUCCAUGUUCAUGGGCAGGAAGUCCUGUCAGAGGAGACGGUGCAUCCAGGAGCAGAGCCCGAAUCACCUAACGAGCUGCAGAACGCUGUGCAGACCUCAACUCCUGAGGAGUCCCACGAGGAGACCGUGCAGAGCCCAGACCUGGGGCCACCGGAAGAGCCGAGCGUGUGCCACGAACUGGAAUUUCAGCCCCUGCAGCAGAGCGAGGUUCCAGUGCCGCAGGGCCCAGACCUUCCUGAAGAGAGGAGCCCUGGAAACCCAGAGAUGGUUGCCUUUCUUACUGCUCUCUCACAGGGAUUGGUAACUUUCAAGGACGUGGCUGUGUGCUUCUCCCAAGACCAGUGGAGCGAUAUGGAUCCAACACAGAAAGAGUUCUAUGGAGAAUAUGUCUUGGAGGAAGACUGUGGAAUUGUGGUCUCUUUGUCGUUUCCAAUCCCCAGACUAGAUGAGAUCUCCCACGUUAGAGAGGAAGAGCCUUUGGUCCCAGAUAUCCCAGAGCCUCAAGAGCCUCAAGAGCCAGAAAUCCUGAGUUUUACCUACACAGGAGACAGGAGUGAAGACGAGGAAGAGUACCUUGAGCAAGAAGAUGUAAGUUUGGAGGAUAUACACAGAUCUAUUUUGGGAGAUCCAGAAAUCCACCAGACUCCAGACUGGGAAAUAGUCUUUGAGGAUGAUCCAAGUAGACCUAACGAGAGAAGCUUUGGUACAAAUACUUCUCAAGUCAAUAGUUUAUCGAAUCUUCGGGAAACCAUGCCUAUCUGCCCCCUGUUAGGGAGACACCACGACUGCCCUGUGUGUGGAAAAAGUUUCACUUGCAACUCCCACCUUGUUAGACACCUGAGAACUCACACGGGAGAGAAACCAUAUAAGUGUAUGGAGUGUGGGAAAAGUUACACACGGAGCUCACAUCUUGCCAGGCACCAGAAGGUUCACAAAAUGGGCACUGCUUAUAAAUUUCCCCUAAACCGGAAGAAUUUGGAUGAGACCUCCCCUCUGGUCCAGCCUGAGAGAACUCCUCCCGUUGAGAAACCCUUUAGAUGUGACGAUUGCGGAAAACACUUCCGCUGGACUUCGGACCUUGUCCGGCAUCAGAGGACACACACGGGGGAAAAACCCUUCUUCUGUACAAUUUGUGGCAAGAGCUUCAGCCAGAAAUCCGUGCUGACGACACACCAAAGAAUCCACCUUGGGGGCAAACCCUACCUGUGUGGAGAGUGUGGAGAGGACUUCAGUGACCACAGGCGGUACCUGGCGCACCGGAAGACGCACGCGGCAGAGGAGCUCUACCUCUGUAGCGAGUGCGGGCGGUGCUUCAACCACAGCGCCGCGUUCGCCAAGCACCUCAGGGGACACGCCUCGGUGAGGCCCUGCCGGUGCAACGAAUGUGGGAAAAGCUUCAGUCGGAGGGACCACCUCGUCCGGCAUCAAAGAACACACACUGGCGAGAAACCAUUCACGUGCUCUACCUGCGGAAAGAGCUUCAGCAGGGGCUAUCACUUAAUCAGGCAUCAGAGGACCCACUCAGAAAAGACCUCCUAGCUCGGUUCCCGUGGGAGGAGAUGUGCGUUCAGCCCUUCCCCGGGGACGGGCUAGGAGAAGCCCUCUCGUCAGCUCGGGGAGACCUCUUCCAGGGAGUCUCCCUGACUUGCCCAGACCUCCAUCACCUCUUCCCACAGCUAAAUGAAAUCCCCCAGGCAGAACCUGUCAACCUUCUUCUACACCUGGAGGAGAGCUUUUGCCCAAAGUACAACCCGGGUGGAGGCUUCUCCUUGACUGGAGGCUCUUGCCUCUACCUCAUGGGUAUGAAGUAGGAGAUUUAGAAGACUUAAGAGGUCGUGGCUAUUCUGUUUUACCCAAAAUAGGCUGUUGCGUAUCCUAAAGACUGCUUAACAGCCUCAAGUGUGAAGUUGCCCGGGACAACCCUUUAGGUUUGGCAAGGGACCAGCCUCUGGGAUUGUGUCCUCACUGGGCUCUACUCUUAAAAGCACACAGCCCGGAACUCAAGGCAGGAGAUUUGCAUCCUGACGGCUUGGCCACACGCUCACGGGAUGACCGUUCAAAUAUCUCACUGGUGCACUCCUUCACCAUGCACUUUCCUUCGAUCCUGGGGAGAGCGGGGAGGAGUGUCUGAUGGGGGAAAGCCUUGAGGCUGUUCCACGUGGACCUUGUCAGGCUGCUCCCUUCCCCAGUGCCAAAACGGUGCCAGGUGCCAGACCCUGCUAGAAAGGAGGACCUGGUCAGAAGCCUCUUUCCCUGUGGGGUGUUUUCCUGUUAGGAUUCUCAUGCCCAGCCUUACCUACUGUUCUACCAGCCUCGGUCUUGCCCCCAGCACUUCUGCUACAAGUGAGGUGUAACAGUUGGGUGCUGGGGGAUUCAGUAAAGCGUAAUGAAAUCAUGAAAUCAUUUACAUUCCCACCCGUGUACAGGCCCACGCGUCCUGCCCGCUCUGCGUGGGUUUGUGAAGGGAUUUUGGAACAGUUGUCAGCUUACAUAGAUAUUACAAUCAUUCUAGAAUCAUGGUUGACUGGGUCACUUCAUUUACAUGAAGAAAACAAGAAGAUCUGAGACCAAAUUAUGGGGGGAGAAAAGUUUUUUUUUAAAGCUGUUGCUGUUGGCUAAGGCCAUCAAGACUAUUCUGACACCCAGCCCCUACUAUCCCUGCCUUGGUUCUCUGAUAUCAGGGAAAAUUAUGAACCCCAGCACCUGGGACCCUGAAGAAUUUGCCAGGAGUAAAUGGCUUUCAUGUAUUUGCGUUGUUUGCUUUUUCUUAUGUGAUUUCAUUUUUAUGUGAUUAAGAACUAAAUAGUCAUAUCUCAUGGCCUAAUGGUAGGAUCUCUGUUGCCUGAUAAAGGUUCCACAGAGAUGAGGCUGAAUAAUUAGGAACCUCACCUGCUCUGCUUGUGGGAAUGGCAAGGACCGGAUAAGCGUCCUCCAUAAACGGAGCACAGGGUAU